AUGAUGUUGCAAGCUUCCGUCUGGGCGCUGGCCUUGGCCACAGUUUCACUUGCACAGGGUACAGCGCACAUCCCCGUUACUGGUGUUCCCGUGUCUUCUGGUUCCGCCGUGCCUCUGAGACAAAAUAUCAAUGACUUGGUUAAGUCAGGGCCACAAUGGGAUCUGUACGUUCAGGCCAUGUACAACAUGUCCAAGCUGGAUUCCCAUGACCCUUACAGCUUCUUCCAGAUUGCCGGCAUCCACGGCGCACCCUAUAUUGAGUACAACAAAGCCGGAGCCCAAACUGGAGAUGGAUGGCUAGGAUACUGUCCUCAUGGUGAGGACAUCUUUCUCACCUGGCAUCGCCCUUACGUUCUACUUUUUGAGCAAGCGUUGGUCUCCGUGGCCAAGAAGAUUGCCAAUGGAUACCCUGCUCAGUAUCGCGCCAAGUAUCAAGCAGCGGCGGCGAGUCUGCGAGCUCCCUAUUGGGACUGGGCUGCCGAUAGCACCGUGCCUCCAUGCACCGUCCCCAACACCCUCAAGAUCAAUGUUCCCAGCGGUAGUGGUAUUAAGACGGUCGACUACACCAACCCUCUCCGGACUUUUUACUUCCCUCACAUUGCCCUGUCUGGCUCAUACGGAGAUUUCUCUGGUGGUGGCCAAGACCAUACGAUCCGCUGCCCUUCGCCUCAGGAGAACUAUCCUAACACGGCCAAUGCCAACUUGCAGGCGCGCCCCUACAAGGGCUGGAUUUAUGACGUCCUGACAAACUCUCAAAACUUUGCCGAUUUCGCUUCCACUAGUGGCCCUGGUAUCAAUGUCGAGCAGAUUCACAAUGCCAUUCACUGGGAUGGUGCUUGUGGCAACCAGUUCCUUGCUCCCGAUUAUUCUGGCUUUGACCCCUUGUUCUUCAUGCACCACUCCAACGUUGACCGCAUGUGGGCGUUCUGGGAGGCCAUCAUGCCUUCAUCCCCUGUCUUCACCUCAUCUUACAAGGGCCAGUCUCGAUUCAACAGCAAAACAGGAGCCACCAUCACUCCCAACUCUCCCCUACAGCCCUUCUUCCAGGCAAACGGCCAGUUCCACACCUCCAACAGCGUCAAGAGCAUCCAAGGCAUGGGCUACUCCUACCAGGGCAUCGAGUACUGGCAGAAAUCUCAGGCUCAGAUCAAGUCCAGCGUCACCACCAUCAUCAACCAGCUGUACGGCCCCAAGUCUUCCUCGAAGCGAAACACUCGUGCCGCGGAUCUUGUCCAGACUCGUUACUUUGCGCAGAUUUCCGUCAACGUGACUGAUAUUCCGAUUCGCCCUGCCGAAAUCAACGUCUAUGUUGCUGGUCAAAAAGCCGGCAGCUUGAUCGUCAUGAAGCUUCCCGCCGAGGGCACAGUCAACGGUGGAUUCACAGUCGACACUCCUAUGAAGACCCUCCUGCACGGAGGUAACCGCAACGCUGUUAGCGCCUUCUCUUCCGAUGUCGAAGUUGAGAUUCUCACUCGUUCUGGACAAGUUAUCCCUCUCGAGAGCGUUCCCAGCCUUGCCAUCGAUCUUGAGAGCGCCAACGUUACCAUGCCGUCUGCCAUUGAUCAGCUCCCCAAGUACCUCACUCGUUCAAAGCACCGUGCUCAGGCUGCUCAAAGGGGACAGCGUUUCCAACCUCCUCCUCCUCCCCCUCCUCCCCCUCCUUCUCAGUAA